UAUGGAUUCAGACCAAAAAGACUUCGAUCCAAAAAAGAUAAAUAAAUUGGAUCUCGAAAAGAGAAUCGACAGAAAACUACGAGAUAUUUUACUAUUAAUUAGGCAAAAUAGUACAAUAAAGUAUGGUAUUCGGCCUACACCUGAUCUAACUCUUUCGUCAAAGGGGCAAAAGUUUGAAACUUAUGCUAAAGAAUUUGUCAAGAAUUUAUUGCUCCCCUCAUCUAAAGAACGCCUUGACUUCAAGAUUCCAUAUUUGCAUACAAACAAAUUUAAUAUCCAGCAUGUUCUUUCCCUGGAUCAAAAGAAGGUCGAGAUGCUAUCUCUCUCAUUCUUUGAAGAAAAUCUCAUGCCUCAUAAAAUAAAGAUUUUGCGCAACUUUCCUAAUUUUAUUAAAUAUAUGCCAAGAGUUACUAAGUUAAUUGAAUUAUCCGCCUGUUGGAUCUCUCAAAAACAGACGAUGAAGAUUCUAAUAGCUUCUCCUUCCUGUGAAGCCAUCUUUUUCAAAAGUUGUCAAUUUGGAGUAGGAACAAUAAAAACAACCUCUAAGAUUAGGUUAAAGCUGAAGCUUAUCGAAUUCUCCAGGUGCAGGACAAGACUUAAUUCUUAUACUUCUUGAAUUGAAGCCGAUGAAGAUACUCACCCCAAAGAUGAUUUUUGCUGUGUCUUCUUAGAGAACUUGAUUAACAGCUUCAAUAUUAAUCUCCUGAAGCAGAUUAAUUUCUCAAUAUGUCAAGUCAACAUGACUCAACUUCAUAAAAUCAUGGAGAAAGAUUGUUUCCAAAACUUAAGAUUGUCAACAACAGAAAACAGUGGCAAUUGGAUAAACAUUUUUCAUGAAAGCUAAGGACAUUCUUUAUCUAA